GUUUAUCGCGCGCAAUGACGAGGACCUGUUUCCGACCUUGAGCUACUCGGUGUCGGCUACUACUCGGACGCCUCGUGUCGUGUUGUGUUGGGAGGGAUUUACCCUGGGAAUCCUCGCUCGCGCCGGCAGCAGCUGAGCUGCUGCGCCUGUCGACGAGCACUUUUCAUCUUGUCGGCUAUGCGCACUGUGCUUGCGCUGCUCGCGACGGCGGUGGUCGCGCUGCCGUCGUUGGAAGACAUCAUCGCAGUACUUCCAGAGGCGCCGGCGUCGUAUGCGCGACCUUGUGCCGACCGGGCGUACUGGCAGCCGCUCGUCGACGCCAACGCCGCCCUCGUGAACGCUACACGGACUCGCGCCACCGCGCAGCUUGCAUCCGGUAUGCCGCCGUGGAAUGCGACCGCCUACGAGCUCUACUACAAGACGGGCGACCGCCUCGCUGGCCAAGACAUGAUGGGUCGUCGACACACCUACGUCAGCGACCUAUUCCUCGCCGAGUGCUUGGACAUGACCGGAGCGUUUCUGGCGGCGCUCGACACAAGCCUUGCAUCGCUUGCGACGCAGCGCACGUGGGUCCUUGCAGCGCACGACCCCAAGCGGCUUGUCUACGACAACAAAGGUGUCUUUGUCGACUUGAACGCUGCCAGCGUCUCGUCGUUGCUUGCGACGAUGCUUGCGCUCUUGCCCAACGAGCUAUCGUCGGCGACGCGCGAUGUUGUCUCGCGCCAGCUCCAAGUACGCACGCUGCAGCCCCUGCUCGACCGCUCGAUCGGGUCGACAGCACCGUUUUGGUGGCAAGUAAGUGCGUCCAACUGGAACGCUGUGUGCUGGAACGGCAUGGCCUCGGCGCUCCUUGCGUCGUUGCGCAGCAAGUCGGACCGCGCCAAGGUCCUUCUGGCGCUUGCAAAGCAGAGCCAGCACUACGUGGCCUCUUUUGGCCGUGACGGGUACGGCACGGAAGGCGUCGCGUACUUCAACUAUGGAUUUCAAGAGUUUGCCGAGCUCCGCGAGGUCGUGUGCGCGCAGACACGGGGUCUUCUCGACCUCUUUGCCCUUCCCAACGUCGAUGCCAUCAGCCACGCGCCCAUGCUGUUUGAAAUGCGGUCCCACCACGUGGCCGCGUUUGGUGACGCCAAGCUCGACGCGCAAUUCCUUCCGCAUUUGCUGCGCUACGUGCAGUGGACGUACGGCGAAAGCAGCGUGCCAACGUCGCCCCGCCGGUUCAAUAGCAGUCUUCCCGGCUCGGCCAUGGCCUUGUCGAUGCCGCUCUCGAGCGCACAGACCUGCGCGAAGCGCAUUUCACCCGUGGGCAUGACGCCCGAGCCGCUUCGCCACAUCUUUCCAGCCGCCCACGUCGCCGUCCUUCGCGGUGUGAGCGCGACGGACUUGGACGUGACGUUCAAAGUUGGCGGCAACGGCGGCCACAGCCACAACGACAUCGGGUCGUUCGCGAUCGUACUCAACGGCGCUACAGUGCUCGGCGAUGUCGGCGGCCCCAUGUACUACGACGCAAGUACGUUUGGCCCGAACCGGUACAAGAGCCCGCUCAUGAACGCAUACGGCCACCCGGUCCCCGUCGUGCAGGGCCAGCUCCAGCUCGAAGCGGUACACGUGCAAGCGAUGCACAAGCUUACACUGCGCACGGAUCUUCUCUCGGACGCGCAAGACGUCGUGUCGACGAACCUCGCAGCCGCCUACAACGUGUCGGCGCUCCAGAGCCUGAAUCGAUCGGUGGCUCUGGUGCGGUCGCCGCAAAGCGGCCACGUGCGCAUCACAGACUCGGCCACGAUGCGACCCGGCGCCACUGUCGACGUCGAGUCGGUCUUGACGACGGUUGGUGUCUGGACGCCAACGUCCAACACCUCCGGCGUCGUGACCAUGCCGUCGGGCGUCCGCGUUACCGUCACCGUGUCGGCGACGGCUUCGUUUAUCCUCUCGGCGACGGCGUUGUCGUCGUACGGUGUCUCGUGGACACGCAUUGGGAUUCGUGUCAAUACGACGUCGGCGUCGGCGACCAUAACGACGCGAAUUGCGCCGCUGCAUCCUGCUUGCUAACCCAACAACUCGUACUCUUGCUCGAGAUAAGCGUAAAUUUAGUAGUUGCUGACAGUGCCCAGCGAAAGCCGU